AUGAGUUCUGCUAAUCGUGAAGAUUUGACCCUCCCUAAACAAACCAUUGUCAAAAUUAUCAAGGAACAUUUGGGAGAGUCGAUCAAAUGUGCUGCCGAUACUAGAGAAUUGAUCGUAGAGUGUUGUGUAGAGUUUGUACAAAUGAUUGCUGCUGAGUCGAAUUCUAUUUGUGAAUCGGAUAAGAGAAAGACUAUUGCUGGAGAACAUGUUACAGAGGCUUUGAGAAGAUUGGGCUAUUCUGAAUAUUUAGGAUUGGUUAAUGAAGCCCACAACCAACACAAGGUUGAAUCCUCAAGACAUAACAAUGCUUCAAAGAAGUUGAAAAAUUCUGGUAAAACUGAGGAAGAAUUAAUUUCGGAACAACACAAAUUAAUUGCUCAAUCCAGAGCAAGAUUGAUCGGUAAUGGUGGUGCAACACAAACACCAACCACAGCAGUUAGUACUAAUUUUCCAACCUUUCCACAACAACAACACUAUCAACAACAACAACAACCUAAUUAUUAUACUUCUCCUCUAGUUCCUCCUCCAUUGGCUAAUGCUCAAAGAGGAGAAAUCAUCCCAUCAAAUAUCUAG